AUGGGAUCCAAAGAUAUCGAGACCAUCGUUACCGGUCCGGACGCGAAGCCCUGCGCUGAUGAUGCUGCCCUCGCAGAGGCUAUUCGCCUCGAGCACAACUUGACGUUCUCGCAGGCCGUCAAACUCUAUCCGGCUGCGAUAGGGUGGUCUGCUUUUGUGUCUCUAGGAGUCAUCAUGCUGGCCUUCGAUCCUCAACUUCUGGGAAAUCUUUAUGCCACGCCCCAGUUCCAACGAGACUUCGGCUACGAAUAUCAAGGCUCUUAUAUUAUCAGCGCGGCAUGGCAGACCGGGCUUUCUAUGGGCAAUCCAGUCGGCCAAGUAGUCGGUGCUCUCUUUGCCGCCUACCCCAUGGACUGGUUCGGCCGCAAAGUCACGUUCGCCGCCUGUGUUGUUCUGACGGCCGGAAUCGUCUUCAUCCAAUUUUUUGCCCGUUCCCUGCCUGUGCUCCUCGUGGGCGAGCUUCUUGGUGGCCUCGUCCUCGGUAUGUAUGUCGUCAUCGCGCCAGCCUAUGCAUCUGAGGUUUGUCCUACCGCGCUUCGUGGUCAUUUGACGUCCUAUGUCAAUCUCUGCUUCGUUGCCGGGCAACUUCUGGCCAACGGCGUCACCGCUGGCACAUCAAAGCUCAAGAACCAUUGGGCUUACUCUCUACCGUUUGCCUUGCAAUGGUUCUGGAUCCUCGUCAUCCUACCAGGUCUGCUUUUCGUACCUGAAAGCCCCUGGUGGCUCGUUCGAAAAGAGAGAAUGGACGAAGCGGAAAGGAGCCUCCGUCGACUGGCUUCGGAGAAGGUCAACGUGGCCGCUUCUCUUGCUUUCAUCGUAGAGACCGAUAGGCUGGAGCAAGAACUAGAAGCGGGAAGCACAUACCGGGACUGCCUGAAGGGGGUCAACUUGAGACGAACAGAGAUAUCUGUUGGUGCUUACUGCACCCAAGUUCUCAGCGGUAUUUACCUGAUCAACUACGGCACAUACUUCUUCCAGCAAGCCGGCUUGCCCACUGACAAGGCUUUUGACAUGGCCAUUGGUUUUCUCGCUGUUGGUUUUCUCGGAACCGUCAUUUCGUGGUAUUUCUUGAUUCACUACGGCCGAAGGACCAUAUAUCUCACUGGUUUGGCUGCCUUGGUUGUACUGCAGCUUCUCAUCGGGAUUUUGGAUUGCGUUCCCGGGAGGCCGUCAGGCGUGACGUGGGCCGAGUCAUCUCUCAUGCUGGUAUGGAACUUCGCCUACGAUUUAUCAGUCGGACCCGUCUGCUUCGUCCUCAUCUCAGAAGCCUCCGCAACACGGGUACGGUCAAAGACCAUCGCCCUUGCGACCGCUGCACAGGGUGUUCUUGGCAUCAUCAUGACCGUCGCCAUCCCGUACAUGAUCAACCCAGAUGAAGCAAAUAUGCAGGGCAAGCUCGGUUUCUUCUUCGGGGGUCUCGCCGCAUUGUGCUUUGGCUGGGCUUUCUUCCGAAUUCCCGAAACGAUGGGUCGCACGUAUGAAGAGCUUGACAUCUUAUUCGACAAGCGCAUUCCCGCACGUGAAUUCAAGGGUUACAUUGUCGAGGGCAUUUCUUCCCACCAUGUCAGGGACGAAUGA